GAAGUAAAGUAGAGCUCCAGUGCAUAGAGACAAUACACGCACUGACAAUCGAUGCGCCCGAAGAAGGAAAAAAAGUCAUUACAAUCCCCAAUUAUACAGGCUAUGUUGAGGGGAGACAUUUGGACACCGGGAUUUUUUCUGGACUCGGAUGUGAAGGAGUUUGCUUUUUGUCCACAUCUAUGUAGGACGUGGCGUCUGCGAAUGCACUGAACAGCCUAAACUAGGAAUGGUGUUUCCUCCUGAAGGCUUAUUCUACAUCGAAAUGGAUCAAGCGCCACCAGCUCUCCCUCCCAGGUCAUCAAAGCCUUUGUCUUCCACCAUGAACAACAACUGCCCCUCAACGCCUGAAUGUUCACUACAGGAUGCUGAAUGGUACUGGGGAGACGUCACCAGGGAUGAGGUCAAUGAGAAGCUCCGUGACACACCUGAUGGCUCCUUUUUAGUGCGUGACGCAUCCACAAAGCUGCAAGGAGACUUUACGCUGACCCUGAGGAAAGAUGGGCACAACCGGCUGAUCAAAAUUUACCACCACGAUGGGAAAUACGGCUUCUCUGACCCCCUGACAUUCACUUCGGUGGUGGAGCUAAUCUUGUACUAUCAGCACCAUCCGCUCGUAGAAUAUAACGCCACACUGGAUCUGAUGCUCACCCAUCCUGUGUCCCGCUUCCAGCAGGUGAAAGAAGACAAUGUUGAUGUCGCUGGACGAAAGCUGAAGGAGGUUCACUGUCAGUACGAAGAGAAGUCGAGGGAGUUUGACUGUCUUUACAAAGCCUUCACAAAGACCUCACAGGAAAUACAAAUGAAGAGAACGGCGAUUGAGGCAUUUAACGAGACAAUGCUCAUCUUCGAGGAGCAGUGUCGUGAACAGGAGCGCUACGGAGAGGAGUUUGAAAUGAACAAUCUGUUUGAGGGAGCCGACACAGAUCUGGAGAGCUUCCUGAUAAAUUAUGAUAAGCUGAAGUGUCGUCUUGGGGAGAUCUACGACAGUAAAAUCCAUCUGGAGGAAGACUUGAGAACGCAGGUGGAGGACUACAGAGAGACAGACAGGAAGAUAAACAGCCUGCGACCUGAUCUCAUCCAGCUACGCAACAUCAGAGACCAGUACCUGAACUGGCUUAAUCACAAAGGUGUGCGGCAGAAACGCAUCAAUGACUGGUUGGGGAUACAGAGUGACAGCCUCGAUGACACAUAUGUCCUGAAAGGGGAUGAGAAGAAUUUGCCGCAUCAGGAUGAGACGAGUUGGUUUGUUGGAGAAAUGAGUCGGACGCAGGCUGAGGAGAUGCUUGAAGGUAAAGCUCCUGGAACGUUCCUCAUCCGCGAAAGCAGCAAACAGGGAUGCUACGCCUGCUCUGUUGUUGUGAAUAAAGAAGUGAAGCAUUGCAUGAUCUACAGCACACCACAUGGAUAUGGCUUUGCUGAGCCCUAUGACGUCCACUGCUCACUGAAAGACCUUGUCCUGCACUAUCGCCUGCACUCUUUAGCGCAACACAAUGACGCCCUGGAUGUUCGGCUGUCACAUCCAGUGCACGCCAAAGCUGCAUCCUCACCUUCUCAACGUGCAGAGGAACACAAACUCUUACAAACUCCAAAACACACAGCCGGACUCCCGCCUGCAGCUCCAGAAAUGUAAUCCAGCCGAGAGACAAAAGGACAUGUUUACUGUAUCCUGCGAAAACGACUGCAUCGAGGUGCAUAGUGUAACAUUUUGCACUACAGCGAUUCCAUCGUUUUUUUUUUUUGUUUUUUUUUUGUUUUUUGUGAAUGAGAUUUCACAGAAUUGAAGUGGGACCGGACUUGAAUGUCAGCUUGAACUUUGUUUGUUUGUUUUCAAAAGAGACUGUUUAAGCUUUCAAAAAAAAUUGUACUUCAUUUAUUGCUGUUUUGUUUAGUGGACACUUUCUUUGGGGAUGUUGACAACCAGAAAAUUGCUCACUAAUGUCAGGUGCUGCACCUUUGUUUGACUUCAGCUUUUACAAGUUGACUUACUGUUGCUAGAGAUGUCCUUUUACCUAGUUAAAAUUAAUACAGCUAUUAAAAUUUGAUGGAUAUGAUGGAUAUAUACUAGGUUACUACUACUUACUGCAUUCGUGAGGGGAGGUAAAUGGUGCUGUACACAGGCUGAUUCCAUCAUGGUGGACCAAACCGUUCUUGGCUAAAUCCCAGGUGUGAAUAUGUGAAAGUCUGUGGAACACCUUGACAAUUUUCCCCUUUCCUAAUAAGUAAAUAUUCAUAUACAGUGGAUACGUAUGUAGCAUUAACAUCCUGUAGAAUACCAUUGUAAGAGUAUAUUCAAUGUUAUACCCAUCGACCAAAGCACUUAAUAGUGAGCAAAUCUACAUCCCUGUUUUGUCCGAUAAACGCAUUUGGGCAAGGGGAGGGCAAUUCAUGUACACCUGCUGAUGUGCUGAUCAAAACAUAAUCUGAAGUACUGUAUGUUAUAUUCUGUUACUCAAAGAAGUAUAAGCUUUUUGUAUUCUAUAUAUAUUUUUUCUAUAAACAUGCCACAAAAUGAAAGCUUGAAGAAAGUGCAAUCCAACAGUAUUUCUAUUGUUGCAAUGUAUGACGACGAUGAUGAUGGUGGUGAAGGUAAUGCUGUUAUGAGAGGUUGACAUUUGCCACAAAAAUGCACUCUCUUUGGUGGUGUCAGUGUGAUGUGGCCUCCGAUGUUUGUGUGAACUGCCAGAGGUCCGGAUGUAUCCUGCCUCCAUUACUUGAACUGUGGCAUUGCUCAAGCUAUGAAUGUUUUUCAUGACAUGCAGCCUACAUAGCUUAAGAGGAAAGGAAUCCAUGUUGAACUUGGCACAUUUUUCAAGUUUGAGGACAAUAGAUACUCUGUACAGAGAAACUGUAAAAUGUAUUUCCGAAGUUGGUUUAUGAAAGGAGGGUGAUUAAGCCUCUUAUAAAAAUAUAACUCCACUGGGGGACUGAGGAAACUCCUCGGGUGAAGCUAAGCAAUGUGAGAUCCUGACCUUUUUCUUGCUGAAAGACAAUAAACUGAUGAGGGUUUUGUCAA